AUGAAAGGGCAAAAGCCGAGAUAUGGAAGAGUCGGUAAGGUCGCUUUUAUACGAGCGGACGUCUCAGUGGAGCGAAGUCGCUCUGUCCAAGACACGCCCAAAUUCUCGUCCUGUGGUCGAUCACAAAGAGGCGGAGUUUCUCUUGGAGCACUCGGCAAACCGCCAAAAUAUGUUGUCGAUUUGAUCUGCCGCGGUGACGUUGCAAUAAGUUGA